UUCCCUCAAAGCCCAGGGUCCCGGGACCUGGAAAGUAGAAGUGGAGGGAUUCAAUACUCCGCGCGACAGAGUCACGAGCGGCGGAACUGGACGGCCUAGGAAGACUUAGGCUCCUCGGCUGCGGCUCCAGCCCGGACGGCGCCGCGCAACUUUGCCAUCCUUCUGGCCCAGCCCCGGCUACAGGAGGACCCCGCAGGCAGCGCGCGGAGUUCCUGGCACUUCCCGGCGGUGUCUCUUGUUGUCUGCCCGGGGACUGACUUCGCAUGCUCUCAGGCUGACCUGUCCAAGCCCGAACACCCGGACCAUGCACGCAGCCGGGACUCCCGGGUUAUCCUCGCACCGGACAGGCAACUCCACCAGCUUACAGCCAGAACCGCCACCGCCGCCCCGGCUGCUGCUGCUGCUGCUGCUGCUUCUCCUGUCACUGGUAAGCCGCGUCCUGGCACAGCCCGCUGCCUUUGGCAGGGCGCUGCUGUCCCCUGGUCUCGCGGGGGCUGCAGGGGUCCCUGCUGAGGAGGCCAUAGUGCUGGCGAACCGCGGACUCCGGGUGCCUUUCGGCCGUGAAGUCUGGCUGGAUCCCCUGCAUGACCUGGUGUUGCAGGUGCAGCCCGGGGACCGCUGCGCGGUUUCGGUACUAGACAACGACGCACUGGCCCAGCGACCGGGCCGCCUGAGUCCCAAGCGCUUCCCGUGCGACUUCGGCCCUGGCGAGGUGCGCUACUCUCACCUGGGCGCGCGCAGCCCGUCUCGGGACCGCGUCCGGCUGCAGCUGCGCUACGACGCGCCCGGAGGGGCGGUAGUGCUACCACUGGUACUGGAGGUGGAGGUGGUCUUCACCCAGCUGGAGGUUGUGACUCGGAACUUGCCUCUGGUAGUGGAAGAACUGCUGGGGACCAGCAAUGCCUUGGACGCGCGGAGCCUGGAGUUCGCCUACCAGCCUGAGACAGAGGAGUGCCGCGUAGGCAUCCUGUCCGGCUUGGGCGCGCUGCCUCGCUAUGGAGAGCUCCUCCACUACCCGCAGGUCCCCGGAGGAGCCAGAGAGGGAGGCGCUCCGGAGCCUCUCCUGAUGGACUGCAAAGCUUUCCAGGAACUAGGCGUGCGCUAUCGCCACACAGCCGCCAGUCGCUCACCAAACAGGGACUGGAUGCCCAUGGUGGUGGAGCUGCGUUCACGAGGGGCUCCUGUGGGCAGCCCUGCUUUGAAACGCGAGCACUUCCAGGUUCUGGUGAGGAUCCGAGGAGGGGCCGAGAACACGGCACCCAAGCCCAGUUUCGUGGCCAUGAUGAUGAUGGAGGUGGAUCAGUUUGUACUGACGGCCCUGACCCCAGACAUGCUGGCAGCCGAGGAUGCUGAGUCUCCCCCUGACCUGUUGAUCUUCAACCUUACUUCUCCAUUCCAGCCUGGCCAGGGCUACUUGGUGAGCACCGAUGAUCGCAGCCUGCCCCUUUCCUCCUUCACUCAGAGGGAUCUGCGGCUCCUGAAGAUUGCCUACCAGCCCCCCUCUGAAGACUCCGACCAGGAGCGUCUCUUUGAACUGGAAUUGGAGGUAGUGGAUCUAGAAGGAGCAGCUUCAGACCCUUUUGCCUUCAUGGUAGUGGUGAAGCCCAUGAACACAAUGGCUCCGGUGGUCACCCGGAAUACUGGUCUUAUUCUCUAUGAGGGUCAGUCUCGGCCCCUCACAGGCCCUGCAGGCAGUGGUCCACAAAACUUGGUCAUCAGCGAUGAGGAUGACCUAGAAGCAGUGCGGCUAGAGGUGGUGGCUGGGCUCCGGCAUGGUCACCUUGUCCUUCUGGGUGCCUCCAGUGGCAGCUCUGCUCCCAAGAGCUUUACAGUGGCUGAGCUGGCAGCUGGCCAGGUGGUCUACCAGCAUGAUGACAAAGACGGCUCACUUAGCGACAACCUGGUGCUUCGCAUGGUGGAUGGAGGAGGCAGGCACCAGGUACAGUUUCUGUUCCCCAUCACCUUAGUGCCUGUGGAUGACCAGCCACCUGUUCUCAAUGCCAACACAGGGCUGACACUGGCAGAGGGUGAAACAGUGCCCAUCCUGCCCCUUUCCCUGAGUGCAACUGACAUGGAUUCAGAUGAUUCUCUGCUGCUUUUUGUGCUGGAGUCACCCUUCUUAACUACGGGACAUCUGCUUCUCCGCCAAGCUCACCCUCCCCAUGAGAAGCAGGAGCUUCUCAGGGGCCUUUGGAGGAAGGAGGGAGCAUUUUAUGAGCGAACAGUGACAGAGUGGCAGCAGCAGGACAUAACAGAGGGCAGGCUGUUCUAUAGACACUCCGGGCCCCAUAGUACUGGGCCAGUCACAGACCAGUUCACAUUUAGAGUCCAGGAUAACCAUGACCCUCCUAAUCAGUCCGGGCUACAGCGGUUUGUGAUACGUAUCCAUCCUGUAGAUCGCCUGCCUCCAGAGCUGGGCAGUGGCUGUCCCCUUCGUAUGGUGGUACAGGAAUCCCAGCUCACACCACUGAGGAAGAAGUGGCUGCGCUACACUGACCUAGACACAGAUGACCGAGAACUGCGUUACACAGUGACUCAGCCCCCCACAGACACAGAUGAAAACCACUCACCAGCCCCACUGGGUACCUUGGUCCUGACUGACAACCCCUCAGUCGUGGUGACCCAUUUUACCCAAGCCCAGAUCAAUCAUCAUAAAAUUGCUUACAGACCCCCAGGUCAAGAAUUAGGUGUGGCUACUCGAGUGGCCCAGUUCCAGUUCCAGGUGGAAGACCGAGCUGGGAAUGUGGCUCCAGGCACCUUUACUCUUUACUUGCAGCCCGUGGACAACCAGCCACCUGAGAUCCUCAACACCGGCUUCACUAUUCAAGAGAAGGGUCACCACAUCCUGAGUGAGACAGAGUUGCACGUGAAUGAUGUAGACACUGACGUUGCCCAUAUCUCUUUCACCCUCACGCAGGCACCCAAACACGGCCACAUGAGAGUGUCUGGACAGAUCCUGCAUGUAGGAGGUCUCUUCCACUUAGAGGACAUAAAACAGGGCCGAGUUUCCUAUGCUCAUAAUGGGGACAAGUCCCUGACUGAUAGCUGCUCCUUGGAAGUCAGCGACAGACAUCAUGUGGUGCCCAUCACUCUCAGAGUGAAUGUCCGGCCAGUGGACGAUGAAGUGCCCGUACUGAGUUAUCCUACUGGCACUCUGGAGUCCUAUCUAGAUGUCUUAGAAAAUGGGGCUACUGAAGUCACUGCCAGUGUUAUUAAGGGGACCAGUGAGGAAACUGAUGACUUGAUGUUGACUUUCCUCUUGGAAGAUCCACCUUUGUAUGGGGAAAUCUUGGUCAAUGGCAUUCCAGCAGAGCAGUUUACUCAAAGGGACAUCUUAGAGGGCUCUGUUGUAUAUACCCACACCAGUGGAGAGAUAGGCCUAUUGCCUAAAGCGGAUUCUUUUAACCUGAGUCUGUCAGAUAUGUCUCAAGAAUGGAGAAUUGGUGGCAAUACUAUCCAAGGAGUUACUAUGUGGGUGACCAUCCUGCCUGUUGAUAGCCAGGCCCCGGAAAUCUCUGUAGGUGAACAGUUGAUAGUAAUGGAAGGUGAUAAAAGUGUUAUAACGUCAAUGCAUAUAAGUGCUGAAGAUAUAGAUUCCCUGAAUGAUGACAUCUUGUGUACUAUAGUUAUUCAACCUACUUCAGGUUAUGUUGAAAACAUUUCUCCAGCACCAGGCUCUGAGAAGUCAAGAGCAGGGAUUGCCAUAAGUGCUUUCAAUUUGAAAGAUCUCAGGCAGGGCCACAUAAACUAUGUCCAGAGUGUCCAUAAGGGGGUGGAACCUGUGGAGGACCGAUUUAUCUUUCGUUGUUCUGAUGGCAUUAACUUUUCAGAGAGACAGUUCUUCCCCAUUGUAAUCAUUCCCACCAAUGACGAACAGCCAGAGAUGUUUAUGAGAGAAUUUAUGGUGAUGGAAGGCAUGAGUUUGGUAAUUGAUACACCCAUUCUCAAUGCUGCUGAUGCUGAUGUUCCCCUGGAUGAUUUAACUUUCACUAUUACCCAAUUCCCCACUCAUGGUCACAUCAUGAAUCAGCUAAUUAAUGGCACGGUUUUGGUCGAAAGCUUCACCUUGGACCAGAUCAUAGAGAGUUCCAGCAUUAUUUAUGAGCAUGAUGACUCUGAGACCCAGGAAGACAGUUUUAUGAUUAAACUAACAGAUGGGAAGCACUCUGUGGAAAAGAUGGUCCUCAUUAUAGUUAUCCCUGUUGAUGAUGAGACGCCCAGAAUGACUAUCAAUAAUGGACUAGAAAUAGAAAUUGGGGAUACCAAGAUUAUCAACAACAAAAUAUUAAUGGCAACAGAUUUAGAUUCAGAAGACAAAUCUUUGAUUUAUAUUAUUCGUUAUGGGCCACGACAUGGCUUAUUACAGAGACGAAAACCUACUGGUGCCUUUGAAAAUAUCACACUGGGCAUGAAUUUUACCCAGGAUGAAGUAGACAGAAACUUAAUUCAGUAUGUCCAUUUGGGGCGAGAGGGCAUUCGGGACCUAAUUAAAUUUGACGUGACUGAUGGAAUAAAUCCCCUCAUAGAUCGUUACUUUUAUGUGUCCAUCGGGAGCAUUGACAUUGUCUUCCCUGAUGUGAUAAGUAAGGGAGUGUCCUUGAAAGAAGGUGGCAAGGUCACUCUCACAACAGACCUACUAAGCACUAGUGACUUGAACAGUCCUGAUGAAAACUUGGUUUUUACCAUCACCAGGGCCCCCAUGCGAGGUCACCUGGAGUGCACAGAUCAGCCUGGAGUGUCCAUCACAUCUUUCACUCAGCUGCAACUGGCUGGAAACAAAAUCUACUACAUCCACACAGCUGAUGAUGAAGUGAAAAUGGACAGUUUCGAGUUUCAAGUCACCGAUGGACGUAACCCUGUCUUUCGGACAUUCCGUAUCUCCAUUAGCGAUGUGGAUAAUAAAAAGCCAGUGGUCACCAUCCACAACCUGGUCGUCAGUGAAAGUGAAAACAAGCUGAUUACUCCUUUUGAGCUCACUGUCGAAGACAGAGAUACUCCUGACAAACUCCUGAAAUUCACUGUCACCCAGGUGCCUAUUCAUGGCCAUCUCCUAUUCAACAAUACCAGACCUGUCAUGGUUUUUACCAAGCAAGACUUGAAUGAAAACUUAAUCAGCUACAAACAUGAUGGCACCGAGUCAAGUGAAGAUAGCUUCUCCUUCACAGUGACUGAUGGCACACAUACAGACUUCUUUGUUUUUCCCGAUACAGUAUUUGAAACAAGGAGACCCCAAGUGAUGAAGAUCCAGGUCUUGGCUGUUGACAACAGUGUCCCCCAAAUCACAGUGAAUAAGGGGGCCUCUACACUUCGCACUCUAGCCACUGGCCACUUGGGGUUCAUGAUCACAAGCAAAAUAUUGAAAGUGGAGGACAGAGACAGCCUACACAUUUCUCUUAGGUUUAUUGUGACAGAGGCCCCUCAACAUGGAUAUCUCCUCAACCUGGACAAAGGCAACCACAGCAUUGCACAGUUCACACAAGCUGACAUUGAUGACAUGAAAAUAUGCUAUGUCUUAAGAGAAGGGGCUAAUGCCACAAGUGAUAUGUUCUAUUUUGCAGUUGAAGAUGGUGGUGCUAAAUCCAGCCAGCUUUCCCUGGUUCCUGAAUUUCUGUUGAGUAAGAUUCCUACCCAUUCUCCAUGGCCAUUGGUUCCUUCAGAACCAUAUAAUGACAUGCAAAAAAUUAACAAGGAGAAUCUUAAUAAUCCAAGGGAAAAUGAAACUAAGAAAAUGAUACUAUGUUUCUGUAAAGGUAUUGGCACAAGAGACGGGACUGCAGAAAAAGACGGAGACUUCAAGGGCAAAGCACAGAAACAAGUGCAGUUCAACCCAGGCCAGACCAGGGCCACAUGGCGAGUGCGGAUCCUGAGUGAUGGGGAGCAUGAGCAGUCUGAAACCUUUCAGGUGGUCCUCUCAGAGCCUGUGCUGGCUGCCCUGGAAUUCCCCACAGUCGCCACUGUCGAGAUCAUUGAUCCGGGAGAUGAAUCAACUGUAUUUAUUCCCCAGUCCAAAUACUCCAUUGAAGAAGAUGUUGGUGAGCUGUUCGUUCCCAUCCGGAGGAGCGGAGAUGUGAGCCGGGAGCUAAUGGUGGUCUGUUAUACCCAACAAGGAACAGCAACUGGAACUGUGCCGACUUCCGUGUUGUCUUACUCCGAUUACAUAUCCAGGCCUGAGGACCACACCAGUGUUGUCCACUUUGACAAAGAUGAACGGGAGAAACUGUGUCGGAUAGUCGUAAUUGAUGACUCCUUGUACGAGGAGGAGGAAACCUUCCAUGUCCUUCUGAGUAUGCCCAUGGGGGGGAGAAUCGGAUCACAGUUCCCAGGGGCUCAGGUUACAAUCGUUCCUGACAAAGAUGAUGAACCCAUCUUCUACUUCGGCGAUGUGGAAUACUCCGUGGAUGAGAGCGCUGGCUACGUGGAAGUUCGGGUGUGGAGAACAGGCACUGACCUGUCCAAGUCUUCUAGUGUCACAGUGAGGUCUCGGAAAACAGAUCCUCCCUCCGCAGAUGCUGGAACAGACUACGUGGGCAUCAGCCGUAAUUUAGAUUUUGCACCUGGAGUCAACAUGCAACCUGUUCGUGUCGUCAUUCUGGAUGACCUUGGAGAACCAGUGCUGGAGGGAAUUGAGAAAUUUGAACUGGUGCUUCGUAUGCCUGUGAAGGCAGCCCUUGGCGAGCCCAGCAAAGCCACAGUCUCCAUAAAUGACUCUGUCUCCGAUUUGCCUAAGAUGCAAUUCAAAGAACGAAUAUAUACUGGCAGCGAAAGUGAUGGGCAGAUAGUUACAAUGAUCCACAGGAGUGGGGAUGUCCAGUACAGAUCCUCAGUGAGAUGCUACACCCGGCAGGGGUCUGCACAGGUGAUGAUGGACUUUGAAGAACGCCCAAACACUGACAUCUCCAUCAUCACAUUCCUCCCUGGUGAGACAGAAAAGCCCUGCAUCCUUGAGCUGAUGGACGACAUGCUCUAUGAGGAGGUGGAGGAACUCCGCCUGGUACUCGGCACUCCCCAAAGCAACUCUCCCUUUGGGGCUGCAGUUGGUGAACAAAACGAAACUCUCGUAAGGAUCCGAGAUGAUGCUGAUAAGACUGUUAUUAAAUUUGGAGAAACCAAAUUUAGUGUCACUGAACCCAAAGAACCUGGAGAGUCGGUGGUUGUAAGAAUUCCAGUGAUUCGCCAAGGAGACACUUCGAAGGUUUCCAUGGUGAGAGUUCACACCAAGGAUGGCUCAGCCACCUCUGGAGAAGACUACCACCCGGUGUCCGAAGAAAUUGAGUUUAAGGAAGGGGAAACCCAGCAUGUGGUUGAAAUCGAAGUUAUCUUUGAUGGGGUGAGAGAGAUGAGAGAAGCCUUCACUGUUCACCUAAAACCUGAUGAAAAUAUGAUAGCAGAGAUGCAGGUGACCAAAGCCAUUGUGUAUAUAGAAGAAAUGAGCAGCAUGGCAGAUGUCACUUUUCCUUCUGUCCCUCAAAUUGUGUCCCUGUUGAUGUAUGAUGACACUUCCAAAGCUAAGGAGAGUGCUGGACCCGUGUCGGGCUAUCCUGUCAUCUGUAUCACAGCUUGCAACCCCAAAUAUUCAGACUACGAUAAAACAGGCUCUAUCUGUGCAAGUGAGAACAUCAAUGACACUUUGACCCGGUACCGGUGGCUGACUAGUGCACCUGCGGGCCCUGAUGGUGUGACCAGCCCGAUGAGAGAAGUGGACUUCGACACCUUUUUUACAUCAUCCAAGAUGGUCACGCUGGACUCUAUAUACUUUCAGCCUGGCUCCCGGGUGCAGUGCGCAGCUCGUGCUGUGAACACCAACGGCGAUGAAGGCCUGGAGCUCAUGAGCCCUAUUGUAACCAUCAGCAGAGAAGAAGGUCUUUGUCAGCCCCGUGUACCUGGGGUAGUUGGGGCAGAGCCGUUCUCAGCUAAAUUGCGCUACACAGGCCCUGAGGACCCAGACUACACAAACCUUAUCAAGCUCACUGUCACAAUGCCACACAUAGAUGGCAUGCUCCCUGUGAUCUCCACUAGAGAGCUUUCCAACUUUGAGCUCACCCUCAGCCCUGACGGCACAAGAGUUGGAAACCACAAGUGCUCCAACCUCCUGGAUUAUACUGAAGUGAAGACUCAUUAUGGUUUCUUGACUGAUGCUACCAAAAAUCCGGAAAUAAUUGGAGAGACAUAUCCUUACCAGUACAGCUUGUCUAUCAGAGGUUCCAAUACCUUACGCUUCUACCGGAACCUGAACCUAGAGGCCUGUUUAUGGGAGUUCGUUAGCUACUAUGACAUGUCAGAACUCCUUGCUGACUGUGGUGGCACCAUUGGAACGGAUGGACAGGUCCUAAACCUAGUGCAGUCCUAUGUGACCCUUCGAGUCCCUCUGUAUGUUUCCUACGUGUUCCAUUCCCCCGUGGGGGUAGGAGGCUGGCAGCAUUUUGACUUGAAGUCAGAGCUUCGUCUAACUUUUGUGUACGACACUGCCAUCUUGUGGAAUGAUGGAAUUGGCAGCCCCCCAGAGGCUGAACUUCAAGGCUCUCUCUAUCCAACCAGCAUGCGCAUCGGUGAUGAGGGGCGCUUGGCUGUGCACUUCAAGACAGAGGCUCAGUUCCAUGGCUUAUUUGUGCUGUCACAUCCCGCAUCCUUUACAAACUCAGUGAUCAUGUCAGCUGAUCAUCCAGGCCUGACAUUUUCCCUCCACCUCAUAAGGAGUGAACCAACGUAUAACCAGCCAGUACAGCAGUGGAGCUUUGUCUCUGACUUUGCCGUACGUGACUACUCAGGCACCUAUACUGUGAAGCUGGUGCCAUGCACCGCCCCAUCACAUCAGGAAUACCGCCUGCCAGUCACCUGCAACCCCAGAGAGCCUGUCACCUUUGACCUUGACAUCCGAUUCCAACAGGUCAGUGAUCCAGUGGCUGCUGAGUUUAGCUUGAACACCCAAAUGUACCUGCUCUCUAAGAAGAGUCUCUGGUUGUCUGAUGGAUCCAUGGGAUUCGGGCAAGAGAGUGAUAUUGCUUUUGCAGAAGGUGAUAUAAUUUACGGACGUGUCAUGGUGGAUCCUGUCCAGAACCUGGGUGACUCCUUUUACUGCAGCAUUGAGAAGGUGUUUCUGUGCACUGGAGCUGAUGGCUAUGUUCCCAAGUAUAGUCCAACUAAUGCAGAAUAUGGCUGCUUAGCCGACUCUCCUUCACUCUUAUAUAGAUUUAAAAUUGUGGACAAAGCUCAGCCAGAGACACAAGCGACCAGUUUUGGAAAUGUCCUAUUUAAUGCCAGACUAGCAGUGGAUGACCCCGAAGCCAUUCUCUUAGUGAAUCAGCCUGGAUCUGAUGGAUUUAAAGUCGACUCAACACCACUCUUUCAGGUCGCUCUGGGCCGAGAAUGGUAUAUACAUACGAUCUAUACAGUGAGAUCAAAAGACAAUGCCAAUCGAGGUAUUGGCAAAAGAAGCGUGGAGUACCAUUCUCUGGUGAGUCAAAGAAAGCCCCAAGCCACCACCAACAGCCGGAAGAAGAGAGAGAUCAGGAGCACACCCUCACUGGCGUGGGAGAUUGGUGCUGAAAACAAUCGGGGAACAAACAUCCAGCACAUUGCCCUGGACCGCACCAAGAAGCAGAUCCCCCAGGGGAGAGUACCUCCGGAUGGCAUCCUCCCCCGGGAGCUCGACAGCCCCAGCUCUGCAGUCAGCCUGGUCACCGUGGUGGGAGGCGCCGUGGUAGGGUUACUCACCAUCUGCCUCACUGUCAUUGCAGUGCUGAUGUGCAGGGGCAAGGAAAGUUUCAGGGGGAAGGAGGCCCCGAAGGGCUCCAGCAGCAGCGAGCCCAUGGUGCCCCCACAGAGCCAUCACAAUGACAGCUCAGAAGUUUGAUGACCGCAGGUAGAAUUCACCUUUUCCUUAAGUGUGUCGGAAAAGAUCACAAUGGAACCCUAACUACUUCUGGUAAACCAUAGAGGAUGGAGGAUGUCUGUGAUGAAGCUGCUCAGAGAAUAUGACUGUACUAAUGUACUUUGAUUUGAAUUCUCCAUACUCUUUUAUGCAUCAAAGGACAAAUUAAGACAUCUUUCCUCUUGCCCCAAAGGCAGCAACAGUGUACUCACAUGUACACAGAGCCAUGGAUAGAUGGUGAGGAAUGUACUCCUCAUUUUAGACAUAUUCUCUAUGCAGUGGAGAUAAAUGUAUUAAAAGGUGCUAACAGACUCUCUUACAAGUAUAAGAGGAGUCUACUGUUGCUAUUUCAGUGUGAAUAUUGAAGGUGCAAUUAUCACAUUGUUUAUUCAUUGUAUAACAGAUUAUUACUAGAAAGGUUUUCCUUGCUAGUCUGGAAAACUGGUGAACACAUUGUUUAUUAUGACAAGUUUUCAAAUAGGUGAAGACAGCGUAGCAUUGUGACCAGGGGUGGCUCAACCCACACAUCAACUGAUCCACUACUUGGGAGACAGUGGAAGGAAAGAUCGAGGGAAGGAAGUUCACUCACUUGAAUUUGAAUUGCUUCUCAUUCUCAUCAGACUCUCCUUGUUUUGUUUGCGUAUUUAAUUUUAAAUUAAACCAAAGAAUAUGUUAAUUCUGGAAGAGAUUUUUAAGAGAUACUGCUCUGUUUGGGCAUAUAGUGAGUAAUGGCAGAGCUCUUGCAUGGUAAUAUACCUUAUUGGUGCUCAACAUUUGUGGGAAAUUAGAAAGUUGGUGACAUUUUGGUGAUGAAUAAAUGCCAUAGCAUUAGAGUCACUACAAGACAAUGUUCUCUAAGAACUGAACCUAGAUGUUUGCAGUAUUGAACCCAUAAAUGAUCAUGAGAAACAUUAUUACAAAUAUUGAAGGGAGAAAGUGGUAUGGAUUAAUAUAAUGUGUAUAGUCAGAGUGCCUCUUAUACAUACUUUAUAGAAUAAAAGAACAUUUUGACAGAUGACAGAUGAGGUUAUCCCUCAGAGUAGCAUAAUCACACAAUAACAUUUAGAACUUAAAUUGACUAUAGGACAUUUAAUUAACUUUCUCUUCAGCGUCUGGUCCAAAUGAUGGGACUCUCUGCAACUGUCAUUCCAGAAGUGGUCUUGGAGGUGGCCAGAAUCAUUGAUCAUAUUUUUCUUUGAUUCAGGAAGACAUGACUCUGGCAUCCCCAGUUCAGUGAACUGGUACAAUGUGGUCCCUCUGAAUGUUUAAACAUAUCAUUUGUACCAGUGCUUACCAUUCACCUCACAAAGCCAAGGAACUUGAGUGAGCUUCCUUGGCAAGCCUCUCAUUGCCUUUCUGCAUCAAUGUGUUUGUUACCAAAUGGCAGACAUUUUGCUUAGAAAAGGAAAACUUCAGCUUUCCAAGAGCUAGUAAACAUGUUUCAAAGAAAAGUAAGGUCAGGAAAAAAGAAUAAUGCCUACAGAUUAUCCUUCAAUUGCUGGUUAGAAUCCCCUUUCACUUCUAGCCAUAAGCUGGCCACACUGGACAUCUUGGUCACUGCAGAUUUUUAAAAGGCAAACUUCUCAGAUCAGAUGUGCACAUCUUAAUUUGGUGUCUGUAAGUAUCAACCAUUUCUUGAUCAAGAUAAGGAAGCAACACUGAUACUGAGAGAGAGGUAAUGUGUCCAAUAGUUGCCUUUCUUUUAGGCAGCUCUGCACUUCAUAUUCAGUCUUUUAAAAAUAGACUGUCGUAUCCUUUCAUUGGAGAAUUUACAAAAAUAUCACCUACAUCUCAAAAGUCCCACUAACGGCUUAUCCAAACAGAAAGUUCUGUGUAGCCCAGGAGUUUAUUUCGCAAGAUAAAUAGUGGUAAUUUCUUAAUCAUUCCCCUUUCCUUUGCUUUACCUUCUGGCAGAUGCUUAGCUACUUCUUUGGUUACCUCGUAAUUUUUAUGGGAAUGAAUGUGAAUUAGGGAACUUCAAACAGUGCGUGGACUUUUCACUACUUACCAUUGGGUUCAAUUGAUGUAGACUGUUAGAGCAAGUAUACUCAAUCGACUUGCUGAUAUUUUAGUAGUUAGCAGCUUCCGAGCCUGUCGUGCAAUUUUGGAGUCUGUCAAUGAAUAUAGCAAUCGGUGAAGCGUUACUGUAAGAUGUUUGUUUUGAGCCUUUGGGUCAGGCUGGUUUUAUACCAAAUUUGACUCUACAAUGCAUAUUCUAAUGAGGCUACUGUAUAUAAAUUGGAGAGCUUAUAAAAUACAGAACAUUUCUAUCCUGUCCUACCAAAUAUUUAUCCUUCUCUGUCCUCUAUUCUCUUACUCUCCUCUCUCCCUUUUUCCUUCCCUUUAUUCCCUUGAAAAGAGAGAGUCUGUGGGAAAUAGGCAGAUACAGCUUUUUAAAAUGUAAAGUACUUGGGAUUUUGCAUUAUUUUUCUUAAUAUCUAUUUACUAAAUAUGUAAUUUAAUAUACAUUAAUUGUUUUUUGAAACUCUUUUUAGUGGGAAGAAUAUGGUAAAUUUUUUGUUAAAUAAAAUAGACCUUAUGUUUAGCGUUUUGUUUUUAAGAACUUUUCUGAUACUAUCAGAACAAACACAUAAAAUAACUUCCCCCAGAGAACAGGAUAUAGCAGUAAUAGCUCCUCAGAUACUCAGUGGCUUCUGACUCCAAUCAAGGUCUUGUUGAUACUAUAUAGUAAAAAUAAAACCAAAAAUAAAUAUUAUACCAGCGGCUCUCCUAAGCAUAUGAAUCACGAAGCACUGAAAUAUGUAUUUUAAUGAUGAUCUUAUUUAUUCCUAUUUUUGCCCUUAGUUAACAUUUACUGAUGCUCACCUAGGAUUGGCUAUUCUGAGAGAAUGCAUAGAAACCAAGCUCCACUUCCUGUCCUUGGGAAGGCUAUAACUGAAUGCAGCUCUUUAUUUGGACUAACGUGGCAGGAUUUGCAUUAGAUUCUCUCCUGAACCGAAACCACAACAGUCAUAUCCGUGAACCACAAUUUAAAAAUCUUUCUAGAAUAACAACAGCAGACUCCACUCUUGUUUAUCUAAAAGAGCCCUACAUGUUAUGGGUCAUUCUGAUGACAGAUUUAUACAAAAUGAUUCAAACCAGGAACUUAAUAAAAUUGACCUUCGCAAAGCCUCACUGGGGGAGUGACUUGGAGAGCUGUGGGUGGCCCUGCAUAUUCUUUUCCUCUUAGUAAAAGAUAGGCCCACUUUAUUCCAAGAAUAACAGAUAGCACAUAAACUCUUCUUCCAACUCGUUAGCAGCAUUAGCACCUUCUGAAGUCCACCCUCUCAGAAGAAUCCACAAUGUUUGAACAAUAUGCAUGAAGGUCAACUAGCAUCCUGCUGCAAAGUCACUGCAUAGCAUUUAUGAUAAGAAGGACCAACGCUAGGCUCAAUAUGAAGGGAUUUAGUUCUGUAAGCAGCAAAAAAGUGUCUUUAUCAAGUCAUCUUACCUCUAAUUCUUUUCCAGUGUACCAACUCCAAAGUCAACAUUAAAAAUGUAAAUGGACCUGUAUAAAUAUCACAGAGAGCUUUUCCUUAUACAUCUCAAUGCUGAGAGUUAAAAUAUUCACAGGUUAAAAAUUAUUUAAAGUACCGAUAAUAGAGCUAAAUAUAAUGACAUUUAGAUUUUAAAAGUUGGAUAUUUUAUUUCUGCUUUUUGAAAAGACUUAUUUAGUAUUGACUUGGAAUCCAAUUCAGUCCUUUAGUAAGUAAAGAAAAUAAUAUGUUUAAAAAUGUAAAUGUUUUACAAAUUUGAAAUUUUCAUAAUUGUAUUAAUCAGAAAACAAGCACAUUGCCAUUCUUUGAAACUCAUGUUUAUAGACAUGACAGCAGUAAUGAAAGGGUGAAAACAAGUGUCUUCACUAAGCGUAUGGCAAAUAAAUGGGACCCACAUGUUCAACCCGUUCAAUUGACCAAGGUUCAGAAAUAUGUAAUUUAGCAGGAAACUGUAAAUCCCAGUGCUAUCCUAGCCACACAUGCAUACACACAGAUAUAAAAUAACCAAACCUCUCAUUUCUAGGAAAGAGAUAACACUAAAGGCAUAAUUUUAACUGAAAUAGUUUCUAUGAAGUUUUACAAAAAGAUCAGCAGAAAGCUCAUUUGUGAAAACAUAGGAGCUUCUUUAACAUUAGUUCCGAGGUUAAUAUAUUUCCCGGAGGUAUUUUCCUAGAAUUGAUUGCAGUAUUGCAUGGUAAUAACAUUUAAUUUUUAAGGAAACAUUAUAUAUAGGUUCAAAUUAUCCCUUAAUGUCGAUUUCUCCCCUUUUCCAUAUAUUUUGAUACUAAGAAACAAAACGCUUUGAGAUUUUGGUAACUAUUUUGAUUUUGAUAAAACAUUUUAAAAUAGAAGGACAUGGUAUUUUUCUGUAGUUUCCACCAGGAAGAGUACAUCAAAAACUUUGUAAGGAAAGAAAACUGACUCUCUCUUGAACUAAUGCUGAUAAAAUAUACUAAUGUCACUCUUUAUUUUAUUAGGAGAAAAAUCAGAACAUUAAAUUUGCAAACUUUUAAACAGCAGUAAUAGUUCCUUAGAUGUUCAGCAUCUUUCUUCCCUAUCUUUCAAGCACAUUUAA